UGCAACUACAACAAAAACGUAACUCUCGGGAUCUCGUAAAUUUUUAAGAAAUUUAAUUAUUCAACCCGCCAGCGGUCGGCAGCAAUCGAAUUAAAUUGGCCAGGGUGUGUGUAAAACACUUGUGGGCAUUGCAGUUAAUAGAUUAGUGAGACUGCCUAAGAACUGGGCAAAGUCAGCGCGAAAAAGCUCACCGCGGUGUGUGUAGGUGGUGCGGGAAAAGUUGGUGGUGCAGUGCAUCUUCGUUUCUAUGUGGCGGCAUUUUGAUGACGAAAUUAUUUUUGGAUAAGUGUUUGAUGAGAGCGGGCAAAUCGGAGGAACCAUCACCAUCAUCAUCAGCGGAAUGGAGAGCGAGCGGUUACGGAUUACGCUGGAUAGCGCGGAUCGGGUUUACUUCGCUGGCGACAUAAUUCGCGGAGAGAUCUGGAUGAAUGUAAACAAGCGCACCAAAAUACGCGCGAUAAAGGUGCAGGUCACCGGCAAGGGCAAGUGCAAGUGGAUGGAGAUUCUGCGCAAGAACUCGAACAACAACGAGUACUCCCGCAGCCUCUUCUACACGAGCAAGGAGGUGUACGAGCACAGUGAGACACCUCUGCCGGACUUCGAGCCGCGUGGCCUGGAACUCUCGCCGGGGGAGCACACGUUCAUCUUCGAGGUGGCGCUGGGUCGCGAGCUGCCGUCGAGCUUUAAGGGCAGCUAUGGCGGCAUCAAGUACAAGAUGCGCGUGCUCAUUCAGCGACCCUGGACCUUUGACGAGCGGCACACCAUUCCGUUCACCGUGGUGAAGAACAUGCCGCUGCAGCCAUCGCAGCGCAGUGUACCCAGUUCGCUGGAGAAGCAGGUGACCAAGACGAUCAGUUUGUUUGGCACACGACCGAUCACCCUGCUCGCCCUUUUGCCGGAAGACUUUGCGGUGCGGGGAGAACCGCUGAGGAUCUGCGCCACUGUGAUCAACAACAGCACCACCGCCGUGGAGAAGCUGCGCUUCAGUGUCCUCCAGUAUGUCACCUACUACAGCCACGUGCCACUGCGGGUGCAGAAGGUGGAGUGCAUUGCGGUGGCCACCAAGGAGACGGGCUCGGUGCAGAAGAAGACCGAGCGGAGCUUUGCCCACGAGCUGCUUCUACCCGAAGGAGCUCAGCCCACGGAUGAGCAGAUGAGUGGCGUGAUUACCAUCGUUUACGAGCUGCGUGUGGAGGCGGUGUUGCGGGGAUUCUUCAAGAACUUGAUACUAAAUCUUCCGUUUAAGGUGUACUCGCAAGACACUUCCAACAGGCUGGCCUCACUGCGUCCACCGCCGCCGCCGCGGCCAAACGAUGGUCCACCCGGUCCGGAUGUGGGCACCGGCAAUCCCUUCGAGCCCGCCCUGCCCGUCUAUCCCUCGCUGGACUCCUCCAUUGGCUCGCCCUCGCACUCCUCGCAAUUCAGCGAGUGCAGCUCCAUCAACUCGAUAACCUCGGACUCCUCGGCGGCCACCCUGAGUCCCGCGGUGGGCGGUGGGGCCGGCGGCAUGGAGCUCUCCUACACCUCGGGCUCGCAGUCCUCGCAGUACGGCAGUCCCUCGGCUAGGGCCAGCCUGCGCAGCUCCAACGUGCCCUACAUGCCCUACUCGUCCAGUCCGCUGAUGGUGCAGUCGUAUCCGCCACCCCACCUGCCCACCUAUCCGCUGCCGGAGUCGCCGCAGUACUCCAUCCUUGCGUUGACCCCACCACCAACUGGUGUGGCUGCUCCGCCAGCAACGAACGGAGCAGGCGGAGGAGGAGGAGGAGGAGCGGGCGGAGGAGCACCAGGCUAUAGCCAACUGCCAUCCACCUCGGCCUCAGCCUCUUUUCUGCAGCCACGCCUGGCGCCUGGAGCUCAUGAGCUGCCACCUUCCUAUGAAGAACUCUUCGGCCUGGCCAACGCACCUCCGGGAACUCCAAAGUAGGGAGCACUAGACAGUCCUGAGCAGCCACCCAGUUACGUCCAAGCUUUGCCUAGACAUAGAGCUUCAGGUUUACUUUAACGUGUUAUAGAGUAUCAAAAUAUCGAAUAUGUCUUAGACUGCCUACGCUUCGAACACAGAUCAUAUGCAAUUUGUGCACAACUCAGACGCACACUCAUGUAUUAAUCUUCCAUCCACAAGUUAUAUUUUAUUGUACAUUUGAAUUACCUUCUUCGUUUGCACUAGUUUUAAAGUUAGGUUUGGAUAAGGCAAAUGGUUUCUUUAACUUGUUUAAAUUUCUCAAACCGAUAUUGUUUGUGCAAUAUCCUCUUAAUAAUUAAUAGCUGUACAAUUGGUUGUAGAGCCUUUAUUUUCUAUUUAAAUAUAUAAACGCACAAGUAUAUACUUUAAGAAAAGGUACAUUUUUUUUCUGAAGUCCAUAUCAUAAAUGUGCUUAUUUAAGUAAUUUGUAUUGAAGCUUAAAUAUCUAAAAGAAAAUGUAGACAAGAGAGUUGCUAAAUAUUGGUAAAAUAUUUGAGAUGAAAUUUGAAAUUAUUAAAUUGAUCACAAAAAAAAGUUUUGGAUUUUUGUAAUAUUUAUAUAUAUACUUCCAAUGAUACCUUUAUUUAAUUGACAAUAAACUCAUUAGCGUAUUUGCCUUAUCCAAAACAAAAACAGAACUUGAGCUAUUAUAAACAAAAUUGUAUCCUUAGCCGAAAAAUCUGAAGGUCUAUGAGAUAGUUAGCUUGCUAUAGCAGAGUAGAUAGAAUAACAGCCUAAACUAUUUGCCCAACCAAUCAGGCAUACUAAAAAUAUGUAUACAAAUUAUAUUUGAACAAAUUCAAAAUUAGUUGAAACAAAAAACUUACAUAACAAAUUAUUUAGGUAAAAACGAAUUUUUUCUCAAUAAUUUAUUUUCUAUAAUGUAAAAAAACACUGAAAAGUUUGUCUUCGGUUUAUCUUUAUUAUCGAAUAUUAUUUAUAUGCCGUCCUUACCCAGACAGCCAAACUUUGCGCAUUUCUAAGAAUUAAAUCUCAAAGACUCAUGAGUAUUUAUCUUACUACUCCACAUAACUCGAAACAUAUUUCUAACCCGCCUAUUUAUCUUCAUCUAUUUUUUUUUUACGUUCACGCCUCCAAAGAUUUUGAUAAAAAUGGUUUAUAGAUCUAGUGUCUCAAUGAAAUUCUAUACCAAAACAGGUCUAAAAAUACUAUUUAUUUCUCUCACAUUAAUAUAUUUUUAGAAUUUAAGUACUUAAGCACGAAUCGAAUAUUUUGAAGGAUAGUUUGGUUCUUUCAAACCAGAAGAAUCAUUGAAUCAAUAAGCUUUAGUGCCUCUGUAUGAUGAACAAAUCGAAUGGUUAUCGUUGUUGAAUACAAAUGUAUCGAUAAAACAAUUUUUAUACACACAUUACUGAUAAAUCAUCGUUCGGAAGCAAUGUCAACUUUUAGUUUUAAGCGCACAAAUGCAUAUUAUGUACGAUCAAACGAUUUCGUUAAGGUGCUUUACAAAUCACUAUUUUUGGAUACCAACUUUUUUGUUUUUAUCGAAUUUAGUGCAUGUCGACUAAAUUUGAAUAUGAUUUACACAAACGAAAAACUGAAUAAAAUGUUAAUAUAAUUACAAA